AUGAGAUAUGCUGAAUAUGGGUUGAUCCUGCUUGAGCUGGCGAGCCAAUGCCAGCCAGCGCACGGUCGGUCUCCAUGGUCGAACUCGUCGAAAAGCGCACGUCGCGCGAGCAGUCGACCGCAUUCGAGUCACUCCGACAGGAAGUCAUUCGCCCUCCACAUCAGCACGGCCAGAAAUGCAUCACAAGUCGUGAGAGCUGCUGAUGAUUCUGCACCGCUCUUGCCUUCCACAGGCACCGGAUCGGCCUACGCAUCAUCAUGCAACGACGCGAAACAAAGCUGGGUACAGGCUGGCGGUUCAAGUCUUGUAUCCACGACGGCCUUCCAGACAUCGACGAGUUCUGUGGGAGUAUCGUUGUCCGUCUCGACCACGAUCAUGACCGAGGUCCCUCCGUCCGCCACUCUGCACACGCUCUGUGAUGGCUUUCCGCGUCUGUCUGGCAACAUCUCCACCUCGUAUAGCGUGGUGAACGUCGCCAGGACGAGUUGGUCAACAUUCACUACCACGAGUUCGGUGUAUGUAAAGGUCCCUGCUCCGGAUUGCACCAUCCAAGAGGAUGAUUGUGCUGCUCUCGCAAAGGCCUACGAUCUGCCAAUGACCGCGCCACCACAGCCAUCCCAACCUCCGAUCUGCGGUCGGGCGAUGCUACCCACCAGUAUGGUGGAUCAACCUCUCUGUGCGGAAAAGUUCGCCUCCGUCCAGGUUCUAUUCUGGCCGGUGACCACGGCUUCGGACUGCGACCUAUGUUCGCUCGACACAUGUCGCACGACCACCAUGUCACAGACCAUACCCGGACAGGCAAACACAUUUGUCUUCCAUAAUGUUACGCUGACGUCUCCGACCGUCUACGUCGCUCUUGCCGGAACGUUCGUCUAUACCCGUUCGGGGACGCUCGUCUCGCGUGACAGCGAACUGAUCCUUCCACAAUCAUCCACCCAACUCAGCAGCCUUUGCGGACAGCUCGGCAGCAAGGGCGGGCAAUUCAUCACUCGCUCUUUCAACUACGCCGAUUUCGCCGGGCCCAAUGUUCCCGCAGAGUCAUACAGAUGCCAACCACGCUGCUACUCCAAUCCUUACAGCCUCUCUUAUUCGAACGAAACUUACACAUUUCAGGCAUAUACCGAUCCGGGCACGACCUUCAGCGCCGCGACGACGACUUUCCAGGUCGCCAACUACGACACCUGGGCCACGGUCAAUCAAUGUUCGACAAUCUACGAUGACUACCGACCUGUACUAUCCAUCCCAGCCCUCUUCUCCUCCAUGGCUCCCGCCGUGUUCGUAGAGAACGUCGCCGGCGUGGGCGGUUCCGGCGCAUACACAUGCCGAUUCAUCUUCGAAUCCGACGCCGUGUUCUUCGAUCCUCCGAUGGCACUGACGCAAGCCGCCACAGCGGCAUCCGCGACCCUGCCCGUCUACGCCUCCCUGUGGACGCCCACGGCCGGCCCAGAUGGGAGAUACUCCAGACCUGUGCAGACGGCUCUGCCGGAGAACUCCGCUACCUGGGAUGGACCGACGGAGACUGGUCGUCCUCUUCCUUCGUCCAAUGGUGGGCCGCAACAGGAAGGAGGUCCUUCGGCGCAGUCGCAGGGACAUACGGCUCAGGAUCAAGGGUCAACGGGGGGAGUGCGACAGAGUCCUACAGCGCAAGGCCAGGAUCCCGGCGCCAAUCGUCCUGGCACAGCAGUCGUCGGCGGCGGCGGAGGAGGACUGCCCAGUGGCGUGCCCUCUAGCACAACAACGAGACUGUCCACUGGCAGCGGCGCGACAUCUGAUCCAAUUGGAUCACCAUCGACCAUGCCGGGGUCGUCUUCAGCAUCUCCCCGAAUGAUAUUAUUCCGUAGUGAAUUCUGGCUGGGCUUUGCGGCGACGGUGUCAUUGUUGAGCAUGCUAUUGCUAUGA